AUGGAGCAUGCCACCCAUUUGAUCGUGGAUGAGGAUGCUUACGUCGACCCGGAUGACGUGACGGAUCCUGAUGAGCUCAAGGGAGAGGACACCUGGAUCCUGGAGAAGCUUGCGGCCAUGCAGCAACGAGUCAAGCGUGCAUCGACACGACAGGUCAUGGCGAUCUCGGAGGACGACGACGGCACGCGGCACGUGGAGUAUACCUGCGUCCGGUACAUCUACAGUGACGAGUCGGGCUCCUUCGUACCCAUGGGACUCCUCGAACCCAAUGCACAGGAGGCACAUCGCGUGCUGACACAAGGAGGCCUUUCCCACGAUGAAGCAGCAGAGGCCCUGUCCUCGUGUGGAGCCAACACCAUCCACGUCCAUGUGCCAGGAAUCAUCGAAGCCUUGGGCACGGAGUUCUCAGAUUUCACGUACAUCUUCAACUCCAUCGGAAGUUGGGCCUAUGUUGCCUACUCCACCUGGAACAUCGGCUUUGUGUGGAUUGCGAUGAUGUUGGGCUCCGGUCUCUAUCGAGCGCUACUCAUCGUACGUCCGAACCAGCGGAAGAUCGCCGAGAUGGCGGCGAUGAAGCAGAACUGUACCGUUCUGCGAGAGAACCAGUGGAAGGAAGUCGAUGUCUCCGAGAUCGUGCUCGGAGACAUCGUCAAGAUUCAGGAUGGUACGGACGCGAAGCUGCCUUGCGAUGGCAUCCUCGUUCAGGGCAGCCUCAUUGUGAACGAGUCGAUGCUUACAGGUGAGCCAAUGCCUAUUGCCAAAUCUCCCGUGGAGGACAACGGCCACUACAAGAUUACGGACAAGCUCAACAAGGCGUACGCCGGCACCCUCGCUUUAGAAUCGACGGGACCUGCGGACGGGAAGGCUAUGCUAUACUGCACAAACGUCGGUGCUCUGACGACGCGAGGUCAGUUGGUCCGGAUGGUGCUAUUCCCUGCCUCCGUGAAGUUCAAGUACAACGACCAGCUUCCCAUGGUCUAUGGCAUCAUGAGCAUAUACGUUGCGAUCAUCGUGCUCCUUUUGGUCUUUCUCGCCGAUAUCGGCUCGGCUGUGGCGACAUACCUAACGGUUCUUUGCACCGUGGCUAUGGCUCUGAAUCCGAUGAUGCCGGUGUCCAUGGUCAUGGGGCAGACCGUGUCUGCCGGGCGCCUCGAUGACAAGAAGGGCGAGUAUCAGAUCAAGUGCCUUCAACCUGGAAGGAUCCCGAUUGCCGGGAAGAUCUCGACCAUGGUGUUCGACAAGACCGGAACGAUCACCAAAGCAGGAAUGGACUUCGCUGGAGUUGUGGGUGCUGCGUCCGGGCGUUUUAACACUCGCGUGGACUUCGAUGACAGCGACCCGGAGUGCAUCCAGAACCGUGCCAAAGUAGACGACCAGAUGCAAGUGCCGCCGGUGCUUCGCAGGGCCUUGGCUGUCUGCCACACCGUGAAGAAGCUGGGCUCUACCGGGGCUCUGGUCGGAAAUCAGGUCGAAUGUGCCAUGGUUCGCACGGUGGGCUGGAAGCUGGGCGUGAAGGAGAUGGUUUCUCCGCAGGGCGAGGUCUUGAAGGUGGUUCGUGAGCUCGAGUUCGACCACCACAGCAUGACUAGCGGUGCUGUGGCAAGAGAUGCUUCCGGGAAACUGCAGGUCUUCAUCAAGGGCAGCUACGAGAAGAUCAAGUCCCUUGCUCAACCCGCGUCGGUGCCGGCGGACUACGAUCAGGUGACCAUGCAGUGUGCCAAGGACAACUACUACACCCUCGGCAUCUCCUACAAGGAGCUGCCGCCGAUGACUGACGAGCAGGUCCGCAACACGCCGCGUGAGCAGCUCGAAUCCUUCGUCAACAUUUGUGGACUGCUCCUGUUCCGAAAUGAGAUGAAGGCAGACUCCCCGGAAGCCAUCGAGAGCCUCAAAGAAGGUUCUGUCCGCUCCGUGAUCUGCACAGGCGACAACGAGCUUACUGGAAUCGCCAUCGGCAGGGCCUGCGGAAUCGUGAUGUCUCAUACCUGUCUUCGCGGCGCAGUCGUGGACGGUCGGCUGGUGUGGACAGAUCCCGAGAACGAGCAGCGUCGUGUCACUCCGGACAGCCCAGAUCCACACUGCCAACUGGCGCUGACGUGUGCAGCCUGGAGACACCUCUACACAACCGACACGAAGCUGCUUGAGGAGCUUUGGCCCAGGUGUGUAGUCUUCGCCCGCAUGAAGCCGGAUGACAAGAUCAACGUAGUGAAGUACCUUCAAAGUCGAGGUUUGGUUGUGGGCAUGGCCGGCGAUGGCGGCAACGACUGUGGCGGCCUUCGCGCAGCUCAUGCCGGUCUGGCUUUGUCAGAUGCCGAGGCCUCCAUGGUGGCUCCGUUCUCCACGGGCCGCAUGGGCAAGGGUGCCGCGAGGAACGACAUCUCCCUGACGACCGUGCCGGACCUGAUACGGGAAGGCCGCGCGUGUUUGGCGACGAACAUGGCCACCUUUAGCUACUUCAUGGUCUAUGCUUUCUUGCUGACGACGAUCCGGACCUUCUUCAUCAUCUUCAAAAACCUCAGCCUCGGGGAGUGGGUGUGGAUGACAUCUGACAUCGGCGUUGGUGUCAUCAUGAUGUUCUUCAUGACGCAGUCCAGGGCCAGACCGGAGUUGGCCAAGUUUCGGCCGACCGCCACACUCUUGGGCCUGCGAACCGUCUCAGGCAUCUUGGUACCGUAUCUUCUCGGUACAGGAAUUAUGGCUGUUGGCAUCAUGAUCCUGCACACCCAGAACUGGUAUGAUGUGCUGAACCCGAAUUGGAUUCACAUCCGUGCUCAGUACUGGAUGAACAAAGGCGACAACUACGACAGUGCUGUUGGCGUUCUCGCGCUCUUCAUCGUCCUGAGUACAACGGCUUAUGUCAACACCUACGGAGGUGAAUUUCGUCGGGCGAUCUUCCGGAAUGUGGGCAUCAAUGUGGUUUACAUCCUGUUCAUCUUCCUUGUUUUCUGGAUGUGCCUUACUGGCCCCAACGAGCUCAAUUGUGUGUACCGGGUCAACUGCGACACGAAGAGCUCGAUAGCCUGCCAGAACAUCCCAGCCGCCACCUCGGCUUUGCAGGGCAUCGCAGGGCUUGAGUCUUUGGUCGUAGAAGGUGCGAAAGCAGCGGAAGCCUUGCAACGGAGCUUCCGCAAAGCACAGGAUUCUGUCGCACGUCAAGGCGACGCCGUUGAGGAUGCCACGCAGCAGGAUGUGCACAGAGAGUUCCAAAAUGACGAGCUCAAUGCAUUUCUCAUCUUACUGUGUGCGGCCCAUGCUACCGGCGCUCAGGAGGUUCAGGAGUACUUGAAUCCCGUCUUGGCUCUGCUGGCAUCAAGGCCCCUACUGUGGUACAGCGCCAUGCCGAUUUUACGGAGAGGUCUUCCAGCCGACUCCCCGGAGCUUUCUGUUCUUGAGAAUGGCUACCAGAAGUGCGUCAGGAAGUACUUGCAUGGAGCACGGUGUCGGUUGCAAGAGGCUUCUGUAUUGAAGUCGAGGCGCAUGCGCCAGCCCGAGACGCUGUACUCUUUUGCAAGGUUCAUUAUUGCAUUCAUUGGCGUGGCGCUUGGCUGCAAGAACGACGAGCGGAACGAUCUUUGCUUCAUAGCCUUUCGAUACUACAUGAAGAGUAUUACAUUGGCCUCCAGUGAUACUAUUGGUGUCGAAGAAGCCCGGAAGACUUAUGUGCGCAACUUCGACAUCGCCACCGAGAUGUGCCUCACCUGGACUCACCGAUCCUUUCGUUGGCUCUUGCUUUGGAGGCUCCUCGGACUCUGGAUGCAGACAAUUCUCUGGGAAAGGCCCGACAUCUGCUUCGGCCGGAAUCUGUCCGUGGAUGUUCAGGUGGAGAACUGCAUCGCAAGUACAUCCAGCGGCGAGGGACGGAGUUCUCAAAGCUCGCCCUUGCACUUGGCUGCGAAGCAUGGGCAGGUGCAGGUUUGUCGAGCGUUGCUCAACAACGUGGCCACGAAGCUCGGCUUCCUGACGAGCAAGGACAGGCGCGGCUAUACCCCGCUUCAUCAGGCAGCCUUGCUUGGGCAGGCGGAGGUUGUGGCCUUACUUCAGUCUGCCCAUAGUGUGGGCUCCAGCAUGGGAGACGGCGAGGCCUUCCACGACUGCCUCCAGGACGAUGCCCGGGUCGUGCGAGUGCAGUGGUACUCUCGGGCAGCGCAGGGAUCUGGCGGGGCUUUGGCGACCCACUCCUUGGUGGUGGUCACGACGAAAGCCGGCCGCGGCUACGUCAUCGAAAAGGCGGCCAUGCCAGACGAGUUGCUACAGGAGGAGCAGUUUCAGAAUGGCGUUCUCGUUUCCGACAUCCGAGGCUUCCACUACUUUGGUUCCCUGGUGAGCGGUUUGGAGGGCCCUGACCUCAAGGAGAUGUUGACUCCGAUGCAGCUAUGGCAGGCGGCAGUGGACACCGGGUCUUACUCUCUGGGCCGCGCGAAUUGCCAGCAUGCGGCACAGGCGAUGUUCCGGGCUGCUCGUGCCACCACGCAGCCGGUACCGCCCAAGCCCAACGAGGAGAUUGGAAUUCGCUAUCUCCGCUGGGUGGUCGAUGUGUCUGGUCCUUGCUGCGCCUACUUCCACAUCUCCCAGUCUUUGGAGUCGAAGACCUGGGCUUUGCUCAGUUGGUUCGGAGCCAUUUCUAUCACCGAUGCGCUGCCCGACUACGUCCCUGCAGAUCCCAAGCAUCCAAACUGGCUCCCGGAUAAGGACGAGGACUGCCUUCCACCAGAGGGCACUCUCUUGAAGAUGCCCCUGAAAUCCAAGGAUGUCAAGCUCAUGGUGCCCACUAACGACCUUCUGGGCACGGGCAGGCUCAAGCAAAGGCUGGAGGAAGAGGGCUACUUGUACUUAAAGGAGGUUCUGCCCUUGGACUUGGUGUCAGCUGCCCGGAAGGCAGUUUUAGCCCGCCUGGAAGAUUCUGGGAUGGUCUUGGAGGGCACGGAUGGCUGUCUGAACCCAGAAACACAGGACCAAGGCGCGGUGCCAGCGGAGUUGGCACGCUGCCCCGAGAUGCUGUCCCUGGUGGAGAGCGAGCCUCUGAAGCGACUGAUGGCUGAAGCGCUGGGUUGCGAUGAGUUCGAUGCCAAAAAGGUGAGAACUUUGGAUUACAAGUGGCUUCGGGCUGUGGGCUUGGGGGAGAACAGUGGUUUCCACACGGAUUCCGUGUACCUCAACAAAGGGAGCCGCCAGGGAGUGACUUGCUGGAUUCCACUUGGAGAUGUCGAUUUUCAGAUGGGCGGACUUUGCGUGGUAGGUGGCUCACAUUCUGCAGAGUCCUAUAAGAAGGUUCGAGAAACCUACUCUGAGAUCGAUGUGGACACGGCUGGGAUUCAAGGAACUGGAUGGUUUACUGAAGAUGUUCGGGAAAUUCUGGCAUACCGCUGUCCCCUUCUGACCUCUUCAUUCCAGCUGUCUGACGUCGUCGUCUUCCGUUUAGACACAAUGCAUGGUUCUGUGUCAAAUCACAGUGAUCCACCCAAGGUUCGCCUGUCGUGUGACACACGCUGGUAUGCAGCAGAUGAUGCAGACGGGGUAGAUCCCAGGUACAUGGGGGAGAAGCCAUGUGGCACUGCAGUGUGGUGGGUGAACCGGCACAACAAGGACGUGUUCCCUGUAUCCAUGGAGGAAGCAAAGUGCAAGUGGGGUGUGCGACCUCCAUGCGCCUCAGCUGACUCCUAG